AUGAAUCAAGAAAAUAAACCACCAUCGAACGAUUUUGAUCAAGAAAGAUUAUCGUUUGUGACAUUUCGAAAAAAAUUGGAAAAUACUGAUGACGAUCAAUCAUCAAUUACACCUAAACGUCCAUUACUUUCUCGAGAUCGUGAUGCAGGUGUAUUUAUUGAAGUUUCUCCUUUAUCUGAUCGUAAUUCUCGUCCAACACAAACAAAACGAAAAUCUUUACCAGUAUCACCAUUGACAACAGUUAAAAAUGAUAACUCACCAGUAUCAAUCGUUGAAAAUUGCAUGUUUAUUAUUAGUCCUCCUCAACAAAAUCGAACAACAAUUAUUGAUGAUGAUGAAGAUAAUUCAUAUGUACCAGCAUAUAUUCAUAGAAAAGCUAAACCAGCACCAUCAACGACUCGGAAACCAUCGUUUCCAAUUCAUAAACCAUCGAAAACAACUUGUGAAACGUUAGCAUCUGCUCCAGUUGUUUCACCAACUCCAGCAGUUUCAUUUCAACCAGCUAUUCGACCACGUGUACCAUUCAAUUUAACAUCAACAAAUACAAUUGAUAAACAAGCUCAUGCUUAUACCAUAUGGUUCAAUAGUCUUUUUACACCAGUUGAAUUUAUGAGUAAUCCAACAACAACUAAUCAAUCGAUAUCAAAUGAAAUGUUAACUACAAAAACAUUAAAAUCAUUAGCUGAAUCGAAUCGUUGGUAUAUAUUACGUGAUCGUGCUCGCGAAUUAUUUACACGUGAUAUACAAUCAAUAGCUACAAAAAUUAGUGCUGAUAUUGAUAUUGAUCAUUGUCGAAUAAAUCCUAAAGUUGAUUUAAAUUUUUCAGCACGAACAGUUAGUCGACAAUCAUUAUUAGAUUUUAUAGCAUCAUACAAUCGUAUAUGGUUUCGUCUUGCAAUGGAAGUAUUAUUUCCAAUAAAUAUUGAAAAUUAUCAACAAAUGAAAUUAUCUAUUGAACAAUAUCUUAUACAAUCGAAUAUUAAUACAUCAUCACCAUCAAAUGAUAUUAACUUGAAAAAAUCGAAUCUUAAUAAUACUAAAAUAGCAUCACCACAAAUACGUUUAACUAUUAAAAAUUUAAUAUUAAUCAUUAUAUUUCUUGAACGUGCUAAAUUAUUACGUUUAAUUGAUAAUGAUCCAUGUUUAUAUGUACGUGAAUCAAAAUUUAAAUCAACAAAAGAAUCUAUUGAUAUUUUAUCACGAGAUUUUAUUAGUUCAGAUACAAAUCUUAUACGUCGUCUUAAAUUAGCUGGUUUUGAACCAAUUUAUCGACAAACAUCAUUGGAUGAAUAUAAUUAUUUAAUAACAAAUAAUGAUAAUAAGUUAUUUGAUGAUUUAAAAGAUGGUAUACGUUUAACACGUUGUGCACAAAUAUUACUAUCAUCAACAAAUGAACAAGUUGCAAGAUUUGAUUUAUCAACUAAAUUAAAAUGUCCUGUUGUUAAUCUUGUUCAUAAAUUACUUAAUAUUGAUCAAGCAUUUGAAUUACUUCAAACAUAUGGACAUAUCAAUUUAAUUGGAAUGUAA